UCCCCACUUCCUGCUUUUUCUCAAAAUUUUCGAAACAAAGAAAUCACCCGCCAAAAGGUAAAGCGUAAUUCAAACUGAGGAGUGAAAAACUGAAAACCCAUUAGACGAAGAAACUGAAAUUGAAGAGCUACUUCGUAGUAGUUUAGGGCAAAACAUGUGGAUUCUCUGAAACAAUGGAGAAAGGGAUGAUAAGUGUUGAUCGAUGGAGCGAGCAGAGCCAGGCUUACUUCCUGACCCAUCUCCAUUCGGAUCACACCAAGGGCUUGUCUUCCAAGUGGAGCAAGGGCCCAAUCUUCUGCUCCCCCAUCACCGCGAAGCUCUUCCCGCUUAAAUUCCCUGGUUUCCACCUUUCCCUUCUUAAUGUUUUGGAGAUCGGAAUUCCACUUUCAAUUUCAUUCGUCUCUCCCUCCACCGGAUUGGAGACUUCGGUUCAUGUUACGCUCAUCGAUGCUCACCAUUGCCCUGGUGCUGUCAUGUUCUUGUUUCAUGGUGAAUUUGGCUGCACCCUCUACACUGGUGAUUUUCGUUGGGAAGCAACCAGUGAGAGGACACUUUUAGGGAAGAGCAUGCUCCUCAACGCUCUUGGGGGUGAUAAAGUGGAUUUCCUUUAUUUAGACAAUACUUACUGUAAUCCACUGUAUUCCUUCCCUUCUCGAGAAGCUGUUGCUCAGCAGGUUAUUGAUGUUAUCGCUUCCCAUCCUGAACAUGAUAUCAUCAUUGGCAUUGACACGUUAGGGAAAGAAGAACUUCUUGUUCACAUUUCGAGAGCACUAAAAAUAAAGAUUUGGGUGUGGCCAGAACGCUUGCGAACAAUGCAUCUUCUCGGAUUCCAUGAUAUCUUCACUACCAAUACUUCUCUUACUAGAGUAAGAGCUGUUCCUCGUUACAGUUUUAGCAUUGACACUCUCGAGGGCUUAAAUACAAUUCGCCCGACAAUUGGAAUCAUGCCCUCUGGUCUUCCGUGGGUGGUGAGACCCAUUGAAGAGAAUGAAGAUACUCUUGCUUCUCUUCCAUUUUGCUAUAAUGUUGGAAAAAAGGUGAUUGAAGAUGUUGGUGCUCAUGCAAAUGGAAGUCAGCUGAAUGAAAAGCCAUGCUAUGCCCGAAGGUUUCAUCAGUACAUCUACUCAUUACCAUACUCUGAUCACUCAUGCUACCAUGAAAUACAAGAGUUUAUUCAGCUUGUUCAGCCUUCCAACAUGAGGGGCAUAGUUUCUUCAUUGUUUUGCCAAACUGACCCUAUGUACCAUUUUGGCCACCUUUGUGUUACCAGUAAACUAAAUGAGCAGUCAUUCAAGAAAUCCAGAAGAGGGGAGGUAGAUGGAAGCAUCAAAGCUACCCAUAACAAGCCUAAACUUGGAUUUGAGAAGCACAUUGAGGCUAAAGCUUUCAGGAAAAGGACAGCAAAAGUUGGUUUCCGAAACUUACAUCUUCUCCGGGUAAGUGUUCUCAGACGAACAAGACGUGGUGCGAAGGUUGCAGAAAAUGACAUAUCUACUGAUUGAACAGGUCUGAAUGCUGAGGAUCUCAGUUGUUAGCUUGUGCAUAUGAGCAGGCUUAGAUUUAUUGAGACAUGGAAGCUGUUGUGUAAUGAUUUCUUAAAAAUGGACAGUUUUAUUGAUCAGGUUGUAUGCUAAAACCAUGUAAAUUGAAUGAAGAAAAUGUACAUAUACAAAUACGGCGCAUGCCAGCUGGAUUGUAAAUGAUUUUCACCUGAAAGUAAAUCUGUGUUGAUUUUAUUUUUA